AUUAAUUAUUCAAGUAAUUCUCUCUAUUUAAUGUCGUUGUAGAAACGAAAUUUUCGAGAUUUUGUUUAGACAAUCGAUUUAGAGAAUAACAAAACGAAAAAAAAGUUAAAUGGCAAAUUUUAUGCAAGAUUCCGUGGUUAAAUAUGCCUGUUCGUGCGGUAUAUUAAAUCCUAUUAGUAGAUUAUUCUUUUGUCGCCACUGUCCUAAUCUAAGGUGUGGUUUUUGUGUAUGUCACGAGGUAGAUUCACAUUUUUGCUCAAAUUGCCUGGAAAACAUACCCUCUUCAGAGGUGAGGCAUAAGAAGAAUUGUUGCGCUAGUUGUUUUGAUUGCCCAUGCUGUCAAAAUACCCUCUCACCGAGAGCUACUAGUGUUAUCGUACCAAAGAAACUGGAGGAAGGCGAUAGCGAUAGUGCAAAAGGAGAGUCGUCGAAAGUGAUUACUAAGAAAAUGUACUAUUUAUCUUGUUUAGCUUGUCGUUGGACUUCACGUGAUGUGGGCAUACCCGAUCAAGUAGUAGCAACUGGGGCGUGGCCUGAAAAUGAAUGCGCUUAUCAGACCAGAUUUAAUGCUCUGUCUGAAUACUAUCAAGCUGUCGUACAGCAAGAUAAACAAGAAAAACAGGAAUAUUUGAGACGCAAAGCUCCCAGGUCGCAUAAAUUUCCAAGUUUAACUGAUCGCACCGGCCUGACAGUGUCUAUUAUACGUCGACAAAUGGGCUGGUCCGAUAAAAAUACACAAAAAGCCAAACCUGUUAAUAUAGCAGCAUCGAAACAAUAUGAUGAUGUAGGUGAAUUAUCUGAUGCAAUUUUUACGGAAAAUAUUAACUUGCAUAACAUUACUAGUAUAAAGCAACGUCAUAAUCAGCCAUCAGAGCAGCCAUUUGACAUUAGUAAAUUAUAUCCGCAACGCCGUUGUAUGUGGAUUAAACGUUCUUUACGUUGCCGUCAGUGUGAACACAAUGUUAUUAAACCAGAAUACCAUCCCACAUCGAUUAAAUAUCGCAUACAAUUGUUUGCCAGUUAUCAUGUUCCUGAUGUCCUUUUAGUUAAAUGUGAGCAAAUUUUGCAACCGGGACAAUUGAAUGCAGUUAUAUUAAAGUUAAGCAAUCCUACCAUGCAUGACAUGGUUAUUAAAAUAGUCGACUUGCCCUCACUGGCGGAUAACCAAUCAAGCAAAGUGACUGAAGAUUUUAAACGGCUUUGCAGUAUUAAAGAUACUUCACUCUCAGCUAGUAAUGCUAUGGAUUCAUUAAAAUCUUUAACAGGUUCGUCUAGUUUAACUGGUCCUUCGAGUCUUAGCGGCACCUCUUUAAUUCGUCACUCGUUUAUCUAUGAAGAGCCGCGUGCCGUUAAACAAGUUGUGAACAGUAAAUUGUUACCUCUUGAUAAAGCCUUUACGUUAAAUUUACGUGAUGACUCUAAAGAAUUUGAUGAAGAAACACAAACGCAAACGGAGGAACCUAAGUUCAUUGUUUGGCGUAAGGCGAAUAAAGUCCUAUUGCGCUUGAAUUUUAUACCUCACUCGGAUUUAAAGGAUUUCGAUGAGGUCUAUUUAGGCUUUAACAUGUUAUAUACAUAUGUUAACACAGUUACAAUUACUCCAGAUAAAAAGGAACCGACAACUCACGAUCUAAACUGCCGAGUUUAUAUCAAAGUCGGCCAAAUUUCAAAAUGAUUUCUAUACUUAAUCAAUAUCUAAUCAACGACG